AUGUCUAGUAAUCCUUUCCUUGAACAAGUGAGGUCUUCAUUCCAACGCUCGAGAUCUUUGAACGCAGGGCCAUCUUUGCAACCAAACCGGGUGAUCUCUGAAAUUCAGAAUCGUCUAGAAAGAGAGUUAGCAACUGCAAAAGAGCAAGCCAUUGCCACAUUUGAAGGUCUUGCUAUCCACACCGACCUCCCAGGGUCUUCACCUUCAAAUUCGGAAUCAAGUUCAGACCAAGAAGAAGAAGAGAUGGCUGCCAAUGAGUUCAUGGGAGACCUUGAUAUCCCAACAAUUCCAGCAUCCCCUUCAAGCAUCUUGCUGCCCACCGCAGCCCGAAACUAUGAGCUUAAAUCUUCUCAUCUUAAUAUGCUCCCUUCUUUUUAUGGUUUACCUAAUGAAGAUCCAUUAACUCAUAUAAAGGAUAUUUUUAAUGUUGUGAGCUCUUUUCCCUUGACAGGUGUGACGGAAGAGCAACUUCGAAUGAGAGUGUUUCCGUACACUUUGAAAGAUAAGGCUAAAUAUUGGUUGAAUUCUUUGAAGCCUGGUUCACUCAUGACUUGGGGAGCCAUUCAAAAGAAGUUCUUGGAGAAAUAUUUCUCCACGCAAAAAACCUACAUGCUCAGGGACAAGAUCUUUCUAUUUGCACAACAAGAUGAUGAGUCGUUUUGUGAAGCAUGGGAGAGAUUCAACGGGCUGCUCAAUCAAUGUCCUCAUCAUGGGAUUCCAUUGAAGCUUCAGAUGCGUAUGUUUUAUAAAGGACUAACCCCCUCUAGCCAUAAUAUUUUCACUAAUUUUGCAGGUGGUUCUUAUAAGACUAAAACUCCAGAAGAAACAUAUGAACUCUUUGAGGAGAUAGCAAUGGAGACCCAACACACCGAUACAAGAGGAAAACGUAUUGCUGGUGGUUCUAAUGAUUCUUCCAAUGUGCAGAUUUCCAAAUUGGAACAAAAGCUAGAUGCCCUCCUUGCAUUGAACUCAAGAAACCCUUUGAAGGAAGUGUGUAGCAUCUGUGAAACUCAUGAUCAUCCUACCAUUUCUUGUCCCUUUGGGGCUGCAUAUCCAGAAUUUGUGCAAGAGCAAGCUAAGUUGGUGAAUUCCUACAACCGAGGUCCAAUAAAUGACCCAUAUUCUCAAAGUUAUAAUCCAGGUUGGAGGAAUCAUCCAAACUUUUCAUGGAGGAAUACACAGAAUCAAGCGAAUCCCCCUUCACUUCAAAGGCCACAACAAUCAUCAUCGUUUGAGGAUAUAGUGAAGCAAAUGGCAAUCAACCAAUCCAAUUUCCAGCAAACAACACAAGCUGCCAUCUCCAAGUUGGAAGUCCAAUUGGGCCAGAUAGCUACUGAAAUAGCUCAAAGAGAACCUGGGAAAUGGCCAAAGGAUGAAGAUGAAGAGGAAACCACAGCUAUGGAAGGAGAACAACCCAAAACGCCCCAAUCUGCUCCUAAGGCCAAAUCUGAUUCUCAGGAACCCAAUCCAUUUCAAUUGCAUAAAAGAGAUGACAAAUUUGUGCCAUCACAUCUUCAUCAAGAUAGAUACAUCCCACCUCCUCCAUAUAUUCCACCGAUUCCAUUUCCAGGCCGCUUGAAGAAAGCAAAUCAAGAUAAGGCUUUUAAAGAGAUUUAUGAUAUUUUGAGUAAAGUUAAUAUCAAUUUGCCCUUGCUUGAUGUUGUUAAACAGAUUCCUGCAUAUGGAAAGUUCAUCAAGCACUUGAUGACUCACAAGCUCAAUUUUACCCCAAGUGAAGAAGUAAAGCUCAACAAGAAUGUGAGUGCUGUGUUGCAAAGGAAGCUUCCACCAAAACUAGAAGAUCCUGGCAGCUUUAACAUUCCCAUUAACAUCGGAGAUAAGACGGUUGGAAGAGCCAUGUUGGACUUGGGAGCAAGCAUCAAUGUAAUGCCAUAUUCAGUUUAUCAGGCGCUUGGCUUAGAAGGGAUAAAGAAAAACUCAAUUCGUCUUGAACUAGCUGAUCAUUCUAUCAAAUAUCCAAGAGGUAUUGUAGAAGAUAUUUUAGUUCAAGUUAAUACACUCAUUCUUCCGGCUGAUUUUGUAGUGAUGGAUAUGGAGGAUAACCCAUAUGUAGACCGUGUUGAUCCCAUUCUCCUCGGGCGACCAUUCAUGGCCACCGCAGACACAAUCAUCAAAGUGAAAGAUGGCACCCUCUCCAUGACUGUUUUGGGUGAAACUGUUGAAUUUAAAGUGUUUGAUGCUCUGUCUCAACCUUCUAUCACUCUUGAUACUUGUUUUUCAAUUGAUGUUGUGGAUCAUGAGGUUUCUUCUAAAAUUGUGCAGAAAAAGUCUAAUGAUGCUUUGGAAGCGGUCCUAACACAAGAAGAGGAAGAUCUCUUUUAAUCAGAGUUCCAAGAAGUGAUGGCUGCCUUAGAAGUGUUUCAACCAUACCCACCAUCCUUUAGGCCACCACUUGAGACUAUUGCAUCAUCCUCCACAAAAUUGGAGCCAUCCAUUAUCACCCCACCAAAGCUAGAACUUAAACCUCUACCCAAUCAUCUUAAAUAUGCUUAUUUGGGUGCUAAUGAAACCCUCCCAGUUAUAAUUGCUGCAAGUCUCACUUCACAUGAAGAGGACAGUUUAAUUGAAGUUCUGAAAGAACAUAAAACAGCCCUUGGAUGGACCAUAGCAGACAUCAAAGGAAUUAGUCCAAGCAUGUGCAUGCACCUAAUUUUAAUGGAAGAAGACAGCAAACCAUCUCGUGAUGCACAAAGGAGGCUAAAUCCCAAUAUGAAGGAGGUGGUUAGGGCUGAAGUUUUGAAGCUACUUGAUGUGGGAAUCAUCUACCCAAUUUCAGAUUCUAAGUGGGUGAGUCCUGAGCAAGUGGUUCCAAAGAAGUCCGGAAUCACCGUUGUAAAGAAUGAGAAGAAUGAGCUAGUUCCAACACGCACUAUCACCGGUUGGAGAGGAAUUCAAGUGGACAAAGCCAAGAUAAAUAUCAUCACAAAUCUACCACCCCCUUCCUCUGUUAAAGGAGUUAGAAGCUUUCUGGGCCAUGCCGAAUUUUAUAGAAGGUUCAUAAAAAAUUUUUCAAGCAUUUCAAGACCAUUGUGUAAUCUCCUUGCUAAGGAUGCUGUUUUUGAGUUUGACGAGAUUUGCAUGGAAGCCUUUACGACUUUGAAGAAAGAGCUAACUUCAGCCCCUAUUAUCAUAGCUCCAGAUUGGUCUUUACCAUUUGAAAUAAUGUGUGAUGCCUCUGACUUUGCUAUUGGUGCAGUUUUAGGUCAAAAGAAGAACAAGCUUCCCCAUGUGAUUCAUUAUGCAAGUCGGACCUUGAAUGAUGCCCAACUCAAUUACUCCACAACAGAAAAGGAGUUGCUUGCUGUGGUUUUUGCUUUAGAAAAAUUUCGUCCUUACCUUGUUGGUUCUAAAGUAAUUGUUUAUUCUGACCAUGCAGCUCUUAGAUACUUGCUCACUAAGAAGGAUGCCAAACCUCGCUUGAUCAGAUGGAUUCUCUUGCUGCAAGAGUUCGAUUUGGAGAUUCGAGACAAGAAGGGAUGUGAAAAUGUGGUGGCUGACCAUUUGAGCAGAAUUGUGGUUGAAGAGCAAGGAGAAGCUGUACUACCAUUGAAUGAGACUUUCCCAGAUGAACAACUAUAUGUUGCCCAAGUCAAAGAGCCAUGGUAUGCUGAUUUUGUUAAUUAUCUUGCUUGUGGUGUUCUUAGAAAUGAUCUAACUUAUCAAGACAAAAAGAAGUUCUUUUCCAUGGUGAAACAUUAUGUCUGGGAUGAACCUUUCUUAUUCAAGCAUUGCCCAGAUCAACUCAUUAGAAGAUGUGUUCCAGAAGAAGAACAAGAAAGCAUCCUUAGGCAUAGCCACGAAUUGGCUUGUGGAGGCCACUUUGGAGCCAAGAAAAAAGCACUUAAAAUUUUGCAAUCAGGUUUCUUUUGGCCUACUCUAUUCAAAGAUGCAUUUAAUUUUUGUGUUAAGUGUGAUAGGUGUCAAAGGAUGGGAAACAUAAGUCGCAGGAACGAACUGCCAUUGAAGAACAUACUCUUUGUGGAACUCUUCGAUGUAUGGGGUAUUGAUUUCAUGGGACCAUUCCCAUCUUCCUUUGGUUAUACCUACAUACUUGUUGCUGUUGAUUAUGUGUCUAAAUGGGUGGAAGCCAUAGCCACCAAAACCAAUGAUCAUAAGGUGGUCCUGAAGUUCUUGAGGGACAAUAUUUUCACAAGGUUUGGUACUCCAAGGGCUGUCAUUAGUGAUGGAGGCAGCCACUUCUGCAACAAGCUAUUUGAAGCACUCAUGAAGAAGUACAAUAUCACCCAACGAGUCUCUACACCAUAUCAUCCUCAAACUUCUGGUCAAGUAGAAAUAAGCAACAGAGAAAUUAAGCAGAUCCUAGAGAAGGUGGUGAAUAGUACAAGGAAAGAUUGGGCUGCCAAGCUCAAUGAUGCAUUAUGGGCUUAUAGGACUGCAUAUAAGACUCCCAUCGGAAUGAGCCCUUAUCGCCUUGUGUUUGGGAAAGCCUGUCACUUGCCAAUGGAGCUUGAACACAAUGCUUUUUGGGCCAUCAAGAAGUUGAAUUUUGCUGACAAGGCCGGCCAUGUUAGAAAGUUUCAGCUCAAUGAAUUGGAAGAAAUUCGACAUGAGUCCUAUGAGAAUGCAAAGCUAUACAAAGAACGUACCAAGAGUUACCAUGACAAGAACAUUCAACGGAAAGAAUUCACCAAAGGUAUGUCAGUUCUUUUGUUUAACUCACGUUUGCGUCUCUUUCCAGGAAAAUUGAAGUCUAGGUGGCUUGGCCCAUUCACCGGGGUCAAUGUAUCUCCCUAUGGAGCUGUGGAGAUUCAAAAUCCUAAAGAUGGCUCGACUUUCAAAGUAAAUGGACAACGCUUAAAGCCAUUCUAUGAGGGAGUGUCAGUUGGAAUUCAAACUGGUCAUGUGGUGGAUCAUCUUCCCUUCGCACAAUCAAGUUAG